UGCGAUGGAAGGAAAGGAUGCGGAGGCUGCACACAGCCCUGGGUUUGCAGGCAUGUGGAAGUUGUUGAAAUAGGUAAAGGGUUGAAAUUGGCAUUUGGAAAAUGGUGGCUAUUUUUUUAGUUACUUAUACCACAGAUGAAUAUAGGGAAAAGCUGGGCCACAAAGAAUUUUUCGUGUUUUGCAGUUUGCUGACAGCAGAAGGUAAAACGUGUCCUUGAAGAUAUACAAUUUUACAUAAACAGCUGAUGUUUACAUAAGCCUAGAUAAGUUUGUGAAAAACGCAGAUAGCAAAAGAUGCGAUGUUAGCUGAACUCCGCUAUCCUGCUCUCCGUCCGUGCAAUAAUUUAUCAAUUUUUUGUAUUGUUGCAGUGUAAGAACAAAGUGAACAGCUGCACCUUCACCAAAGCAACCACCUGCGUUCCUCUUCUCCUCUGGAAUGGACAAUGGGAUGGUCUCUGACUUUAUCAUGAUCAAAAACUUCUUCCUCUUCUGCGUUUCCAUGAGUUUAGCCAGCCACUUCGGCUUUUCACAAACGCCAACACCAUCAGUAAAAGAGGAGGCCAAUGAUAACAUCACUAUAUUCACCAGGAUCCUGGACGGUCUGCUGGACGGCUACGACAACAGGCUGCGCCCGGGACUGGGAGAGAGAAUAACUCAGGUGAAAACAGACAUCUAUGUUACCAGUUUUGGCCCUGUGUCAGACACAGAAAUGGAAUACACCAUUGACGUUUUUUUCCGACAAAGCUGGAAAGAUGAAAGGCUUCGAUUCAAAGGACCUAUGCAACGCCUCCCUCUUAACAACUUGCUUGCCAGCAAGAUUUGGACCCCAGACACUUUUUUCCACAAUGGCAAGAAGUCUAUUGCUCACAACAUGACAACCCCAAACAAACUUCUGCGCCUGGAGGAUGAUGGCACUCUGCUGUAUACCAUGAGAUUGACCAUCUCUGCUGAAUGUCCCAUGCAGCUUGAAGAUUUCCCCAUGGAUGCACAUGCUUGCCCAUUAAAAUUUGGAAGCUAUGCUUAUCCCAAUUCUGAAGUCAUCUAUGUGUGGACUAACAGCACCACAACGUCUGUGGUGGUGGCUGAAGAUGGCUCACGACUUAACCAGUACCACCUGAUGGGACAAACCGUGGGCACAGAAAACAUCAGUACCAGUACAGGUGAAUAUACUAUUAUGACAGCCCAUUUUCAUCUGAAAAGAAAAAUCGGUUAUUUUGUCAUCCAAACGUACCUUCCUUGCAUUAUGACUGUGAUCUUAUCACAAGUGUCGUUUUGGCUAAACAGAGAAUCUGUCCCUGCUAGAACUGUCUUUGGAGUAACAACAGUCCUCACCAUGACCACCUUAAGUAUCAGUGCCCGUAACUCUUUGCCAAAAGUGGCCUACGCUACUGCAAUGGACUGGUUUAUAGCUGUUUGCUAUGCCUUUGUAUUUUCGGCAUUGAUUGAAUUUGCAACAGUAAACUAUUUCACCAAGAGGAGUUGGGCAUGGGAUGGCAAAAAAGCGCAGGAAGCUGCAAAAAUCAAGAAAAAAGAGCGCAACUUGCUGGGAAAUAAACCAACUAAUACCUACAGCACCGGGAAGAUGACUCCUGCACCAAACAUGCCAAAGGACUCAGCCCCAUCUGUCAUCUCAAACACUACAUCUGCUCCAGUGAAGCCUGCAGAAGAAAAGCCUGCAGAAAGCAAAAAGACUUACAACAGCAUCAGUAAGAUUGACAAAAUGUCCAGGAUAAUUUUUCCAGUGCUGUUUGGAACUUUUAACUUAGUUUACUGGGCCACAUAUUUGAAUAGGGAGCCUGUUAUUAAAGGUGCCAAUUCUCCAAAAUAAACUGAAGUACUCUGGAGCCACAUGUGAGCCAUACUUACAAAGCAGAUGCUACCAAGGAAAAUUUGAAAUCCAGAUGACUUUCUACGUUUGGGCAAUAUUCUUCAGGAAGUUUUUUGCAUGUUUAAUAAUAUGUACAAAUAAUAUUGCCUUGAUUGUUUCUACAUGUAACCUCAGAUGUUUUGGAGACGAUUAUAUUACUUACAGCAACGGAUCUUUAUAAAAGAUCAGAAGACAUUGAACAUGGCUUCUUUGCUGCUGAGUAUCUUGCAUUGAUAGUUUACAAAUAAAAUAAGUUAUAUUUUUUAACUGUUCAAGUGUACUACAUAUCGUGGUUUUUAUACUUCAGAUGUACAGUCAUACAAAUAUGGGCUUAACCUAUAUUUUACAGAAGAGCUCCACUAUUGUCAUCGGAUAAGUUACUGAGUAACGCCAGUUGUAAAUGUGCCAAAUUAUUAAGUGUAGGGCUAUGUUUGAGCACCUUUACUAGUUACAGGUAGUGCAUUACUCCACAGUCAAAACCGCUCGGCCCAAUUUUCAUUGGAAGUUUAAUACAAUGCAGUAAAUCCUAAUGGGAACUGUGGUGAUUUUCACUGCUUGAGACUGUAGUUUGCAGUGAAAUAACAUAGGGAGCAGGAUGCUACUUAUGUAAAUAAAGAUGACAGAAUCUUGCCCUUAAAUGAAAAUGCGAAGUUUGUUUGGAUUUUGCAUUCCAAGGAAUUCUCUCUAAUGAUUCUUGGUAUUUAUUCCAAAAAUAAAGAAUUAUAUUGCAUGAAAUUAACAUAGAUUAGGAACAUACUUGUGCAAAUAAAA